CUUCCACACACUGGGGCGCAGGACCAGGGUUGUCAGUCCCCGGGGGAACUCGAGGCAGGCGCCCCCGCCCUCGGGUCUCCUGUCUGCAGCUUGGAGAACCGUCCAGGAAGCCCCUCCCACGGGGCGCUCCAGAGGCAGUGCCCGGUGUGGCCCCCCGGGGGCGCUGUGGGGUCCCGGAGCAGGCGGCUCGUAGCCGCCGCGGCUCUCAGUGCUCGGAUCUCUCCCCACCGGGAGGUUCCCCGCUGGCCGCGUCCAGGCUGCUGUGCACCCGGGCGACCCUGCUCAGACCCAGCAGCGAGGCUCUGCUUGUCGUUGGCGAUAUGAGCUGCCCCCACGUCCCAGAGGCCGCGGGCCGGAGCUGGGCGCCCGUGCUGCUCACUCUCUUCCUUGCUGCCUCCCGAGCAGGUCUGGUGGCAGCCUUCAAGGUGGCCACGCCGUAUUCCUUGUACGUGUGUCCCGAGGGGCAGAAUGUCACCCUCACCUGCAGGCUCUUGGGCCCCUUGCCCAGAGAGCACGGCGUGACCUUCUACAAGACGUGGUACCGCAGUUCACGGGGUGAAGUGGAGCCCUGCUUGGAGCGCCGGCCCAUCCGCAACCUCACGUUCCAGGACCUCCACCUGCACCACGAAGGCCACCAGACUGCCAACACCAGCCACGACCUGGCCCAGCGCCACGGGCUGGAGUCGGCCUCCGACCACCACGGCAACUUCUCCAUCACCAUGCGCAACCUGACCCUGCAGGACAGCGGCCUCUACUGCUGUCUGGUGGUGGAGCUCAAGCAUCACCACUCAGAGCAGAGGGUCCACGCUGCCAUGGAGCUGCAGGUGCAGAGAGACCAAGAAGCGCCAUCCAAGUGCAUCGCAUACCCGCCCUCCCCCAAGGACAGUGAAAACAUCACAGCCGCGGCCCUGGCCACAGGCGCCUGCAUCGUGGGUAUCCUCUGCCUCCCCCUCAUCCUGCUUCUGGUCUACAAGCAGAGGCAGGUGGCCUCCAACCGACGUGCCCAGGAGCUGGUGCGGAUGGACAGCAACACUGAAGGAAUAGAAAACCCUGGCUUUGAGACCUCUCCACCUUCCCAAGGGCCACCUGAAGCCAAGCCCAGGCCUCCACUGUCCUACGUGCCUCAUCGACAGUUUUCUGAGUCUAGGCGGCACUUGCUGUCUGAUCCCGGCACUCCUCUGUCUCCGCCAGGCGAUGUCUUCUUCCCAGCUCUGGACCCUGUUCCUGAUUCUCCAAACUCUGAGGCCAUCUAGACCAACAGUGGCUAGUGGGCAACUGUGGCUGGUCUGGGCAGGUAUGGGUGAGCCAAGUCUGGCCCUGUGAGUGGUCCUACUCCUCCCUCCUGCUCUCAGCUCAGACUCAAGCUGCCCCUACUGGUCAGAUUCUCAACCCCUCUAGAUGCAUCGUGGUGGAAGGGAGGAGAUGCUAGAUCACCCAACCCCUGCUUCAAGGACACUGGGAAUCAGAGACUUGAUUCAGGUCCAGAAACGUGAAUUUCAUCAUGCCAGAUGACCUGCAUCCUAGAAUCCACAGAACCACCAGCACUGUGGCACCCUCUCUCCCUGGGAUGUGAUCCUGACUGCAUAGAUGUGACAAGAUGGGCACUGGGCAGACCCUCACACCCCCCCAUCCAUGCAUCUACUCCCCAAGGCAUGAGACACUGGACAAGAUGUGGGGAGACUCCUCCCUGUUGUGGUAGACCUGGUUUCCCCAUCUCCUGGGACUGCAUAUUUGUAUGCUCAUUCAGUAACCACAGGGCUCUAAAGCUGGGCUGCCUGCCUGUCCCCAGGCCAAAAAGUCUCCUGUAGCUGCCUCCUACCUGCAGCCUCCACAGGAGCUAUCCAUAGGUUGAGCAAAUAUGGGGCUUCCACUGCUUGCAUUAUGGUCCCCAGAGUUUAUUGGCUGGAAGCCUCAAAACAGGAAGUACAUACUGGGGCACGAGGACCACUGUGAACCAACCGGUCUCUUAGGCAAUGGAGGCCGGGCCGGAGGUUGCACUACCCACCACAGAUGGGAGUGAGGAGGAAGGGGAAUGGGGGGGGGGGGCUGCUGGGAAAGUGAAUACAACGGGCUCCACCUCCCCACCCUCCAGUCCUACUGCGUUGCAAGGUCAACCACAGAACGUGCUGCCAAGUGGCGCCACUGAGUGGGAAGAGGAGAUGCUGUUAAAAGGCAACAGGGGUGACAGGCACUGGUGCUGUGGAUGGACCAGAAGAGCUGGAUUCCAAUCCCCAUUCUUCUCCUGAGGUGCCAGAGGCCUAGGGACCUCUCCUCCCAGCCCCCUUUGGGUUCUCCUCCAUCUAUUGCUGAGUCUUCACCACAGAGUGACCCAGUUAGGAGGGAAGAAUGGGUGUGUACAUAGAAGGGUGUAUGUAUGGUCAGGGACCCUCUGCUCCCAUCUCCUGCUUGGGGUGGGGGGUGGGGGCAACAUCGGACUCAGAUUUAUUUUUAUAUACAAAUGCAGGGGGAAUUUGUUUUUGUGGAAUAACAAAUAAAGGAUUUGAUAGCGUGGG